CUCCGCUUCCCCAUUCAACAAUGUUCAGCCGACGAGGAACCACUCCACGACACUACGACUCCACGAACCCGCCAAUUGCCAAUUUGCCGCGUAUUCUUGACCAAUUGGUAACUUGAUAUACCGGGUAUUCGCGUCACCGAUUGUUAGCCAGCAAUGCCGCCCAAGAAGAAGGGAGGCCGGGUGAACACCCAGGGCGCGACUCCCUCCAAAGACGACGAUGCGAUGGACGUCGACACGCCGGCGCAGACGCCUACGGCACCAACAGCACCUGCGGCUCCUCCGCCGCCGCCCAAACCAGUUACGGACCCAUGGACAGACGACCAAGUCGCAUCGCUGUUCAAGGGAGUCAUCAGGUGGAAGCCGGCGGGCAUGCACAAGCACUUUCGGAUGCUGGCCAUCAGCGAGCACCUACGGAACCACGGCUUCGAUCCCGAAACCUGUCCCCACACACGGAUCCCUGGCAUCUGGGCCAAGCUGGAGGAGUUCUACAACCUCGAGGCCAUCGACGAGCGGGAGAACAACAUGGAUCCGCCAGAAGAGGAGGGCCAGCCGAGGCGCUACCACGACUUCCGCCUGCCGUGGGACGAGUACGGCGAAUUGAUGAUGGAGCGGGCGCGCGUCGACCCCAGCGAGGCGCCGACUAGCCCGGCGCAGUGGGACCCCAACGCGCCCGCCGGCGAGUCCAAGAAGCGGAAACGAGGCGCUGCCGAGUCGACCACGAGGGCCCGCAGUAGUACGGUUGAGGACACCGAGAACGAGACCCCGGCGGCGAGCCCGACGAGGAAGCCUGGCAAGGGCGCGAGGAACGCGAAGCGAACAUCCAGCAGGGCGCGCAAGGUCAAGGAAGAGUCACCGUCCGAGGAGGGGAGCGCAGGGGAAGAUCAGUCGGGGGAAGAAGACGAGGUGGAGGAGGAAGAAGGAAGGGGUACGCCAGUUUCUACAAAGGGCGGCCGGGGAGGGGUAAGAGGCCGCGGAUCUGUGAAGGGAGGAGGGAGGUCAGGUACUACCAGGUACCGAGUACUGGUCGGAGGUAGCCGCCAGCGGUACCCCACCAAGUUGCAAAUCGACCACAACUUUAGCAAAGCGCAUCGCAUUGUCACGACAAGUAUCCUGCCCCUCGUCGAGCAAUAUGGCGAACACUCUCGCGCUGUAUGGGAGGCUACGAAGUUCUGGAAACAAUUCUUCGAGGCCUCUGCCAAUGUAUCGCUGUCGGGUUACGAAGAACUGGCUGGGAACGAGGACAACACGGAAGUGACCGCAGACGAAAGCACAGUACACAAUGAGACCGCCGACUACACACCGCGUCCCCGCAGCGCCGGUGACCAAGAUGUCACAGUCACGGCGGACCAGUCCUCUGCCAUGUACCACGGAGAUGACACUCAUCAAGAUGGCUCCGCUCUCGGCUACGACGACGACGACGACUUGACGGGAAGCACACCGCGCCCUCCAGCAACCAGGACUGUCCCCAUCCGCCCGCAGUUUGCCAAUCUCUCCUCUCCCUACGAAGCUCUUAAGCGCGAAUACGACAGCAAGCGAGGUGGGCCAGGUAGCAGCAGCAGCAGCAGCAAAACACCAAGGACAGCAACCCUUGGGGGACAACAGGGGGUGGGAGAGGAGGAGGGGGAGGACGACACCGAACUCCUGUUCCAGCAGCACACCGCCCGACUCCCCGACAUGUCCAUGGCACCACGAGGAUCGCUGGAUGCCGGCGCUGUUUCACACGCCGGAAAAGGCGACGACGACGACGAUGACGACGAUCUCGACUUUGGAGGCAGCAGGACGGGCAAACAAAACAAGGACCCGCUCCUGCACCGCGUGGCCGACAAGAACUACCGCAUCGCGGCCACGCCGCACAAGGGCGCGGGCAUCUCACCGGUCCGAUGGAAGGACUCGCCCACGUCGAGCCCGGAGAUGGCCGUGCCACAGCUGAGAAGCGCGGCGUUCAUGUCGCCGGUGCGCGCCGCCCACAAAGGCAAGGCUUCUGCUGCUGCUGCGGCGGCGGCGGCGGCCUCUAAGGCGCCGAGGACGCCCGGCGUGAGCGUGCAGACGCCGGCGACGGGCCGCAAGACCAGGGAUGUCUUUGCUAGGAAGAAGGGAGAGGCGGCCGCCACCACCGCCACCACCACCACAGCAGGGGCGGGAGUCUCGGGGAAGUAUGAUGACGAGAUCACUUGGGAAAGCGACAGCGACGGGUUUGGCGGGAUGAGUCCGCCCAAGACGAUCCAGUUUGCGCUGCCGCCGUCCAAGUUGCUGCAGACGCCAGGUACCAAGCGCAUUGUCGACAAUAUCCUGCUGACCGCGGGCGAGGAUCUGGAUGACCCGUCCGAGUACAGCCCGACGGUGGUCAAGAUGAACAAGGACAUCCUGGAUGAUACUUUCUGA